CUAGACAAAUCCGCGUCUCUAUAAAAGGGACAGGUGAUUAAACGACUAAGUACUGCACGGCGAAUACGCCGCUGACUUCCACCAUAUGGGAUAUAACACAUUUGCUCAUCCUCUAUACUGUUAAACAAUGGCGAUGAGGGUGAUAUUAUUCCUUGGAGUAGUGACGUUAGCUGUAUCAGCGCCUCAAAAGCCGGAUCAAGUGAUUGCUAUAAUCAAACAAGACUUUGAUCAACAAGUGGAUGGAUCGUAUAAAUACAGUUUCGAGACCGAAAAUGGUAUAAAAGCUGAAGAGACUGGGACUCUUAAGAAGGCAUCAGGUCCCGAUGCAACUGAUGUGAUCGUUGCACAGGGAGGUUUCAGCUAUACUGCACCCGAUGGUACUGUCAUCAACCUCAAUUACAUAGCUGAUGAUGAGAGUGGAUUCAGACCAGAGGGGGCGCAUCUGCCGACACCACCACCAAUUCCUCCUGCAAUACAAAAGGCACUUGAUUAUCUGGCUACUUUGCCACCUUCGUCCCAAUCCAGAAACUGACCUGCUUAUUCUAACAUCUACCUGAUUAAAACAACUGCCUGACGUAGCUGUCAACUGGACUUAGGCUGCUUUGGAAAUAGCAUUGAUAUACCAAUUAUGAUGGUUAGUAACAUUUGUAGAAUACCAUAAAAAAGAAACCAUCAGAAUUAUCACGCACAAAGGUUUGUUUACAAAGCGGCACUUGUAAUUUAAUGUAUAAAAGCAAUGAAAAAUACAAAAAAUAAAUGUAUACAUCCACUGAACUGUGAUAGAUAGUUAAGUAUUUGAAUGAACGGAAAUGUUUAUACCAAUUACUAUUUAUUAAAUAAUAAAAGCAAUUUCAAUGCCAAAGAUGCAUUGCAAAAUAAUGUUUGGUUUUUCUUUAUACCUUACAGUUUGACAUUAAUGUGUCAUGCCAUAGUGCGCAGUGGCGUGAGUCUUAAAUUAGCACUAAAUGGCCAAUUUAUAGUGUCUUUCCUAAUAAAUGUUAAAAUGGUGAUGUCACUUCCGAUAAUUCUAGAGAAUAUGUCAUUAUAAUCCGUCCACUGGGUGAUUAUCUUUAUGCAUCAUUUGAAAUAUAUUUUCGGUUUAUUUUAAAAUUAAAUAAUUCGGGCUUUAAAAUUGUUUCAAUUAAGGUAAGUUAUGUACCUAUGUUAUUUACAAAAUUGCUAAACACAAAUUAAGAUUGUACUGCAAAAAAGCAGCUGUUUCAGUAAUAAUAAACUUCAUAAUAAAACAUUUUUUUGCAAAAAGAACUGUUAAUGAAGAUCAAAAUUAGUUCAGGUAUCUUAUAAUAUACCUUUACUUAUAUAUAAAAAUACUGGGAAUUGAAUUGGGUGUUGAAAAAAACUAUGAAUGAAUAUAGAAUAGACAAAUAAUUUUUUUUUUUCUAAUACUAAUAUUCUAAUAUUUUUUAAUACUUUAUUUAUUUUAUAUAUCGUAAAACAAUUAAGAGUGGAUAGAUCGUAUAAUGUCUAAGAGCGUUAUAUUUUCGGCAUAAGUGGACGCGGCAGAAAGAAAAAACCUCUACCUCUCGGGUAAUGUCUAUGUCCUAUACUUUUUACAUCAAUGACAUGGUGUGUAAGAAAUAUAAAACCAUACUAAUCAUAUUAUAUGAAUUAAUUCUUAUAUUUAGAUGGAAUUAUCAAAAUAUUUAAGUGAACUCACGUAAGCAAAGCUGAGGUGUAAAUAGGAGACUGGUCAUUUUUGGAUGAGAGAUAAGUUGAAAUGCUGAUGUUG